GGCGGUAAAUUAGAAAAAAAGAAUGCAGGCACAGGCACAGGCACAGGCACACACGGAGAAUGGAGAAAGAGAAAGGGGUGGAUUUUGAGGAAGAGAUGGUGGAAAGCCGAGAAUGGGUUUUGUCGAAGUAUGCGGCAAACGGCUUCCCAACCUCCGAUCAUCUCCAAAUGCGUACAACAAGGGUUAUUAUAACGGAGGAUUCCGUCCCUGAAGGCCAUGCCAUGGUGCAGCUUCUCUAUAUCUCCGUCGAUCCCUACAUGCGUACUAGAAUGAAUGGCCUCCAAGGCGGUCUCUACUUCCCCCAGUAUGAGUUGAACCAGGCUAUAACAGCAAUGGCGGUCGGAAGGCUGAUUAAAUCGAAGGAUCCAAAUUAUCAAGCAGCAGAUAUCGUUGUAUCCCCCUUCUUCCCUCUGGCAGAAUAUUGCGUAACACCAACUACUUAUUUUCGGAAGAUAGAUCCAGACGCAGGGAUUUCCCUCCCGGACUACAUCAGUGCAUUUGGACUUCCUGGGUUCUCUGCAUGGAUUGGGAUAGAAGUACUGGGAAACCCGAAGCCGGGGGAGAAUGUAUUCAUCUCAGCAGCGGCUGGAGGUGUAGGGAUGUAUGCCGGACAAUUGGCUAAACUCAAAGGAUGUCGGGUGGUCGGUAGCACCGGCUCCGACGAUAAGGUAAAGCUUCUAAAGGAGGAGUUUGGUUAUGACGAUGCUUUCAACUACAAGAAAGAGAAGGAUUUUGAUGAUGCUUUAAGCAAGUAUUUUCCAAAUGGGAUCGAUGUCUACCUUGAUAAUGUUGGGGGCGAGAUGCUUGAGGCUGUCCUGAAUCAUGUUAACAACAAAGCUCGCAUCCCAGUUUGUGGGGCGAUCUCUCAAUACAAUCAGGUUUGGAAUGAGAGCAAAGGAGUCCGGAACUUAUUGAAUAUAGUGGGUAAGGAAGUAAGGAUGGAAGGAUUUUUGCUGGCUUCAUACUUGAACCGAUUUGGAGAGUUUGUAAUGGCGAUGGAGAGCCACCUAAAGCAAGGGAAGAUCGUCUCUAAACACAAAAUCUAUUACGGUAUUGAGACCUUUUUGGAGAGCCUAGAGUCCAUCUUCUCUGGAUCUAACGCAGGAAAAGUUCUUAUUCAAGUCUGCAAACAGUAAAUGAAUUAGGCUUUAUAUGUUGAUUUGCUGUUAGUGAUCCUGUGUGUUGCUUAUCUGACAACAACACUUUAUAAAUAAGCAAUUCUGUAAUAAGAACAGCUGCUUACUAAGCUGCUUACUAAGGCCUCUUAGUAGGGUCAUGACCAAUUGACCAUCCUACUCCUUCAAGAAAGGUGUCAUGGAUGAGGCUAAAUAAUUCGUUGUCAUUCUGGCC